GGUCAAGGAAGAAGAGGAAAGCGAUACACGCCGUCGUUUUGGUUGUAAUUUGGUGUAUAUGGCGGAUGCGAAAUGAGAUUGUAUUCAAGCAUAUGCAGCCGGAGUUCAUACAAGUUCUGGAAGAAGCGAAGUCGUUGAGCUAUAUGUGGAUAAAAAAUCGAUCGAAAGUGGCUUUGUUAACAUGGGAGGACUGGAACAGGUUUGUGACAGCGUUGACGACACUGAGAUAAGUUCUGAUUGGUCUAAGGAGACCGAUGAAGGAGACGAUCAACGGUCCAGAUCGCAGAUGAAGCAAGAUGAUUUUAGUGGCCGUAUUCAAAUGCAACCGUUGGUUUUGGUGAAGGCGUAUCGUGGUGGUCGUUUCUUGAGGUCCCCGUGGAUUCAGAUUGAAAAGUUGAACUUAGUUAUCAAGGAGCUCCUUAAGGAAAAUGAUGAAGAAAAAGAAAGGCUAAAUGGAAUUAUUGCCGGGUUGUUGGCUGAAAAGAAAAAAGAUAAGGUGGAUAAAGAUGCUAUGCUCGAUACGAUGCCACAAAUUGAAGCUAUGUUAACAAGUACAAUUUGAAGAUAGGCUACAAACACUUGGUUUUGAAUGUUUCGAUGUUUAUCAUAUUAGGAUUUUUUAGUUAUUUAAUGUUUUAGAUGGUAUUUCUAUUAGAAUGUUUUAUAUGCUUUUGAUACACAUAUGUUUUAUAUAAUUUUGGGU